UCCCUUGUGACUGGCAGAGUAGGCAUUGCGUAGGUGCCUAUUACUGGUGCGGGGCAGCUGUCCCCAUACUUGAAUACUGCUACGUCGCGUCGUCUACUAUGUAAAUCACUUUUAUCCUGUUCAACCAUUUUUAGGCAGAGUCUUUCCCAGUUUUAAUCCAGACGUUUCGCUUCUAAAAGCGUCGUUAUCUACAAAAUGCGAUGACAACUGCUGGCCCGCUAGUUUACUAUCCCCAGUACUGCUUCCACCUAUCGCCAACUAUCAAUGCGUGGUGUCCUUUGCGCGCAAUCGACAUUGCUGGCCUAGUGUCGCGAGCAGGUUUUGAAGAUAUAAAUGUUUUCUUCUGUCUAAAUCACCCCAUUCAAUGGGUGAGAAUCGUAGGGGUCGUAGUCGCGAUUGACCACUAUUAUGGCCACCAAGUCUACACCGUUGACGAUAGCACUGGGCAGUGCAUCGAGUGUACCCUACGAGUUCCAGUCACCAAAAAUGGCCAGAUAAAUCGUCGCGAUACCACCGAGGCCAAGGCAAGCGAGCCAACAACCCUUGCCUCGAAAACACUCAAUGCAGCCAACACUGCGGAAACUAGGACGAUAAAUGCUGUGUCUGUGGCACCACUCCCAAUGGAUGUUGAUAUAGGCAUGGUCCUAGAGAUCAAAGGAAGUGUGAAGGAAUUCCGAGGCCAAAAGCAGAUACAAAUUCACACGGCAAAGGAAGUCUUGUCCACGACUCAAGAAGUACUUUUCUGGGACAAGAUUCGAGAGUUCCGCCGCAAUAAACUGAGCCAGCCAUGGGUACUCAAGGAUAGAGAAAUACGAAGAUGCCGGAAGCUACAGCAAUCGGAGGCCCCUGAACUAGAUGAGAAGCGGAAGAAAAAGAAAGCUGUGAUAUAUGCUGAUGGCCCUGAGGAGGGCGGUACUGGAAAGACACAUGCGCCUAGGAACAGCGUCGGCGGCACCUCAGUUAAGGCUGCAAAAGCUGCUAGGGUGGAGAGCUUGAGCGCAAGGAUUGGUAACAAGGAUAAGUAUGACGCCCUGGGCUUAUGAUCCCAGUUGCUUUCCUAAUCGUGGAGAUGUGCUUAACCUAUAUCUAAAUCCCAUAAGAACCGGGCAUCCGUCGCACUGACCACACGAAGUUUCUCUGGCUCACAUCAUUUCCAAUUCAAGAUACCUACGCGCUAAAACAUUAGAUCUCCCCCUCGCGAUUGGGUUGUUAUUACUAACCACUGCGAAUGAUAAGAUCAGAACAGAUUCAUAAAGAAACACCUACUCGCAAGGCCAUAACCUAGAACGAGUAAUCAUGGAAGUCUCAUUCCAACACUAAUUGACAAAGCAGGUGCAAGCGUCUCUCCGUAGCGAUCUCAGAUUUCCCAUUUAACAGCAAACGUAACAAAUAUCCUCAUAAACAUCGUGCGCAUUCUCACAUCUUCUCUGCUCCUACUAGAC